AUGGUCUUCCAGCUCAUCAGGAAGGGAUGGGACACAAUUCCAGAAGUUAUGGCUGCUGGGGCCUUGGGAACAGCUUUAUAUCGUCCUGAUGAUCCAAGAGCUGAACCAGUGCUCCAUCCCAACCCAAAUUUCAAGUGGCCAGACUAUCCUGAACCCAAAUGUUUUGCAAAUGAAUUCUUACCACCAUAA